UCAACUUUUGUCUAAAGUUUUGGGUGUUAGCAGAACGUUUGUUUAUUUUUUUAAUGUUUAAAUUAGGCAUCUUGGUGGGAAAGAGGCUAGGGAAGGGGAGAGGUUCAACUUGUUAGUAGAGGAAAGGGAAUAUUUUUAUGAAGAAGGGGAUAUUGGAAUUGAUUGUAAUUUUAAAUCAAAAUUGGGUUGGAAUUUCUAUUUCCUAAAAAUUUCCAUGUUCCAGAAUUUGAGCUUUUUCUGAUUUUCGGUUUCCGAUACCUUCGGUUGUUCCGACCACCUCCAUUAGAUCUCUCUUCUAACAGAGUAAAGGAUUGAGGGAGUAAAUGUAUAAAGUUGUUAAGAAAGGGAGUUCAUUGGAAAAAGUAAUUUUACAAGGCUCUGUUCGCGUCAACGAGGAAAUAAUUAUAAGAAGAGCACAUGAGAUUGAUGAAGAUGACGAUAUUGAAGUAUUUAUUCAACCUUUAGAAGGAAAUGAUAAAUUGGCGAUUGCACAACGUAUACUUGUGGUUGGAAGUGAAUUUGAAGGUAAAUAA